AUGGGUGUCAGUCAGUACGGUUGUGUUUUUUUGGCUUUCGCUAUAAUACGACUAGCAAUCGAGGUGGUCGGAGAUGUAAAUUCCUACUACACUGAAUAUAGUUCGAGUUCAAUGAAAGCUGUGGCUGCCAUUAAUAACAUCCAUGUUUUUGGGGAGUCGCACUUCAUGAGGGUGAGGACCUACAUCUACGAUGACCGCUCCCAUUUCGAUCUAAAUGUCCAGAUGGUCCAUGAGCUGGGCAGCAACCACCUGAUCAUGAACAUUAAGGUACGAGUGAAGCCCGAUGGAACCAAUGCCUUUGUGGAACUAUUCGAAUUGCGACGGAUCAACUUUUGCGAGUUCCUCAAAGAAUACAACUCGAAUCCGGUGAUUCGUUUUAUGUUCAAGAAAAACCUGAGGCUCAGCGACCUCAUCGAGUGCCCCAUACGAGUGGGAAACUAUAGCCUGCUGCACGCCGAUGUGGCCGGAAAUAUGCACACGGAAGGGAUCCAGAAUGGCACCUACAAGUUCUUUGCCGAAAUCGUCGAAGAGAUGGGCGAAAUUGCCAAAGUAUUCGCCCUCCAAGUCACCUCGAAAGUCAACAUCGUAGCCAAGGACUCCAUAUGUGAAGCACAUAAAAAAGUUAUAGUAUGUGUUUAG